AUGUCCUCUGCUGUGUUCACCUUGCAUCGGGUGCCGGACAUUCAGGAGAAUGUCCUGCAGUGCGCCGAGGCUUUCCCCCCCAACAGCCAUACAUCGGGACCCAAAAGCCAGGCCCGCAGUGGGGAGUGGAGGCCAUCAGGGCAGGGAACAGCUGUGGGACAGAGUCCCCCAGCCAGCCUGGUAGGGCAGGCUGUGCCAGGUGCCCGUGGCACCAUGCUGGGACUCCAUGUCCUCCUUUGUGGUCCCACAUGGGCACCCACAGGCACCGGGGAGCUGCGACUGGUUAACGGAGGCAGCCGCUGCGCCGGUCGGGUGGAGAUGAAGCACGAGGGCCAGUGGGGCACCGUGUGCAGCUAUGACUUUGACUGGGAUGUCCGUGGGGCCUCCGUGGUCUGCAGGCAGCUGGGAUGCGGCACCGUGGCCAGGGCCUCCCCGUACACCCCAUUUGGGGCUGGGACUGGCCGGAUUUGGCUGCAGCCCUUCUUAUGCCGUGGCACUGAGACAGCGCUCCACAACUGCCCCCACUUCGGCUGGGGCCAGCACUACUGUGGCCAUGACACAGAUGUUGGGGUGACGUGCUCAGAUGCCGUGGAGCUGAGGCUGGUGAAUGGAGGUGGUCCCUGUGCAGGCAGAGUGGAGGUGAAGCUGCGGGGCCAGUGGGGAACGGUGGCAGAUGAUGGAUGGGACAUGGAAGAUGCCGAGGUGGUGUGUCAGCAGCUGGGCUGUGGCUCGGCCAAAAGCACACAUGGCUGGACCUACUUUGGGAAAGCAUCUGGACCAAUUCAUCUGGUUCGAGUUGACUGUCACGGGGAUGAAUCUGCCCUCUGGGAAUGCACUGUCCAGGGGUGGGGGCCAUACACUGGCCCCCAUGACUGGGAUGUUGGCGUGGUCUGCCAAGGGUUUGUGCGGCUGGUUGGCGGAGACAGUGCCUGCUUGGGCCGUGUGGAGGUCAGGCAGGGCCGAGCCUGGGCCACCCUCUGUGAAGCCCACGUGGACCUCAACACCGCCCAUGUCAUCUGCAAGGAGCUGGGCUGUGGAGCAGCUCUGGCCAUCACUGGGGCGGCACGCUUUGGGGCAGGAGCUGGGCCCAUCUGGGACGGGGGCUUUGAGUGUGCAGGCAACGAAUCCCUCCUGUCUGCUUGCACCCGCAGGCUGCCCCAUGGCCAGGGCUGCACCCACACCAGUGACGCUGCCAUCAUCUGCUCCCCCUACACAGGCUUCAGGCUGGUGAACGGCAGCACAGAGUGCACAGGGCGGGUGGAGCUGGAGGCGCACGGCACCUGGGGCUCCCUCUGCGACGCCGGCUGGGACAUGCCCGACGCCCAGGUGCUCUGCCACCACCUCGGCUGCGGCUUUGCAGCCUCUGUGCCUCGCAGAGGGUAUUUUGGGACAGGGAGCGGCCCACUGUGGCAGGACACAUUUCACUGCAGCGGGACCGAGUCCCACCUGGGAGAGUGCCCUGCCACGGCGCUGGGGACCCCCGCCUGCUCGCUGGGCCACGCUGCCGCAGUCAAUUGCUCAGGUGGCACUGAACCCCUGCGGCUGGUGGACGGGGAGAGCCGCUGUGACGGGCGCCUGGAGGUGGCCCUGGGUGGGGCCUGGGGCCGAGUCCUGCCACAGCAGUGGGACGACAGCGGUGCCAGCGUGGUGUGCCGGCAGCUCCGGUGCGGCACGGUGCAGAAGGCCUACACCGCCCCAGUGCUGCAGCCAGGCUCGAGUCCCCUGGGGCUGAGCGGGCUCUGGUGUGCAGGCACGGAGACCCACCUGGCCCAGUGCAAUGCCACGCUGCCCAGCGCCGUGCCAUCGGGCCACACCGAGGAGGCGGUGGUUGUGUGCUCAGGGAGCCGGCGGGUGCGGCUGGCGAGCGGCCCUGGGCGCUGUGCUGGGAGAGUGGAGGUCUACGUGCAGGGGGCCUGGAUCCAUGUCUGUGAGGAUGCCUGGGACCUCUGGGAUGCCACCGUCGUCUGCCGCCAGCUGGGCUGCGGCAAGGCCCUGGCAGUGCCCGGCUCAGCCCGCUACGGCCGGGGCUCGGGGCCAGUGUGGCUGGGCGCUGGCGGGUGCUCCGGGACCGAGGCGACACUCUGGGACUGCCCGGCCCCGGCCCCGGCUCCAGGGCAGCGUGGUUGCAAGCAGGGUGCUGGCGCAGCAGCCGUUUGCUCAGAGCUCACAGUCCUGCGGCUGGCGGGUGGCAGCAGCUGCACCGGGCGCCUGGAGGUCUUCUACAAUGGGACGUGGGGCAGCGUGUGCGCCAAUGGCACCAGCCCCGCCACAGCCGCCGUGGUGUGCCAGCAGCUGGGCUGCGGGGCCACGGGCCGACUGGCAUCUGCCCCAGCAACCACACAGGGCUCAGGCCCCGCGUGGCUGGCCUGGGUGCAGUGCGAGCUGGGGACCGACUCCCUCUGGCACUGCCCCUCGGCACCCUGGCACCUGCAGCCCUGUGACUUCCCUGGGGACACCCACAUCACAUGUGACAGGGACCCUGGCGGCACCAGAGUGACUCCCACGCCAGCCAGGGCAACUGGAUGCCCAGACGGCACAGCUUGCACAGGUAGCUUUGCCAUGCCCACCAUCCUCUGCAUCAUCCUGGGGACCCUGCUCUGCCUGGCCCUGGGGGCUCUCGCCAUGCAGGCAUGGCGCACCAUGGCUCAGCACAGAGGCCCUGGCAGAGCUGGGGACACAAUCUCUGAGGCCGUCUAUGAGGAGCUCGACUACACCCUGACGCCGGAGUACCAGGAGGUGCCCAGUGGCUCAGGCUCUCCAUCAGAAGGCUCAGCAGCAAAGCUGCCGUAUUACACCAGUGACAGUGUGGAGGUCAGCAGCCCCGCGACAGCAGCAGACACCCCUGCCCUGCCCAGGCAUGGCCCCCCGGAUGGGUAUGAUGAUGCCGCGGCCGUGCUGCACCCGGGAGAGGCCGCUUCUCCAGGGUCGAGCGACGGAGAUGUCUCCGAGGUCACGGUGCUGGAAGCGGGGAGCCGGCCCUCGCUGAGCCACCCGGAGCUGCCAGGAGCCACGACAGAUGCACCAGCUUCAGCGCCCCGAGACAUGGGCUACGACGAUGUUGGUGUCAGUGGCCCCAGGACAUCACUGUCUUUCGCCCGCACUGUCCUACACUGGGAUGUUACCAUGCACGGCACCCUGACUAUUGUGGCCCUCACCCGCCCCAGAGCAGCGCUGCACCAGGUCGACAUUUGCCAUCGCUGGUGGUGCACACUGCCCAUGGCAGGGACUGCAGUGGAGCAAGCGUUGCUCUAUAGAAAGAGCCAAGCAUGGGCAGCGCCGCCUGAUGCAGCAGUGGUGGAGCAGCUGGCAGGCUUCCUCUCCUCGCUGGAGGUUUCCCUUGCUACUGUCAAGCUACCUCGGAAGGGCAGCACAGCCCUCUGGGGUAUCUGCCACUCCUCUCAGGAUCACCCUUGGAUCAUCAGCACACUUGCUGCAGGUGCACUCUGUCCCCUCAUCCACGUCACUGAGGAAGAAGAUGAACAAAGCACCAGGGCAGUGAAAGCCAUGGGCAGGGAGUGGGCAUGGCAGCAGGGCUGUGGCCGUGCAGGCCCCCUGAGGUCGGAUGCUGUGGGGCCGGGACAGUGUAUCGCCAUCGAGGUGGACCAUGCCGUGUGGUCUCAGGCGGCAGUUCUUCUCUUUUUCUUGUUCGAUUGA